UCCUAGUGAGUUUCAGGCUGAUUAUCAUUGAACGCCGAGAGUUGAGAAAGAACGUGUUCGUGUGGCCCCGGUUCGGUUGUUUUGAGUAUGAGUUUGAGUUGAGAUCUCAGUUGACCGUCACGCUAUUGCAACGUCUAAGGAAGAAAAGCCGGGCAGAAAAAGGCGGAUGUCAGUGGCGUUAAUCAAUGCCACACAGGAAGAAAGAUCAACUAAGUGGACAAGACAAGCUCUGUUCUUUUCCAGCAUCCGACCGCCUGUGUGUAGUUUAGUAGGUCUGGAUCUCGUGCGCCAUGACAAACAGCCUUUGAUGAGUGAAGCGGAAUAUAACCAAUCUGAAAACGUGAAAGAAACAAACAAGUGAAGUGAGGAGAAACGAACGGAAGAAUGAAAUUGCUCAGUCUGAACCGUGGAUGCUUCAAUGCCGCCAUGGCAACAACGAGAAGUGCUUGGGGUGCCAGAGCUGCUGUGUUAAUCGUGACGUUGAUGGCCCUCUUUGCCGGUCAGGGAUCUUGUUCGGAAGACGAGGAACGGCUGGUUCGCGACCUCUUCCGCGGCUACAACAAGCUGGUUCGGCCUGUCCAAAACAUGAGCAUGAAAGUCGAAGUCAAAUUUGGACUCACAUUCACGCAGCUCAUCAGCGUCAACGAAAAAAACCAGGUGAUGAAAUCCAACGUUUGGCUCCGAGUGACUUGGCAGGACUAUCAACUGCAGUGGGACGUGGCGGAUUACGGUGGUAUCAACGUUCUUCGCUUGCCGCCGGAUCGCGUAUGGAAGCCCGACAUCGUACUUUUUAAUAACGCCGAUGGCAACUACGAAGUUCGCUACAAAUGCAACAUUCUCAUUUAUUCCGGUGGUGAAGUCCUUUGGGUGCCUCCCGCCAUCUAUCAGAGUUCGUGCACGAUCGACGUGACGUACUUCCCGUUCGACCAGCAGACAUGUCUCCUGAAAUUCGGUUCGUGGACGUUCAACGGCGACCAGGUGUCGCUGGAUUUCUACCUGGACAAGCAUCACGUCGACUUAUCCGAUUACUGGAAAUCCGGUACGUGGGACAUCAUCGAGGUGCCGGGCAAGCGCAACGUCCACAACCACACGAAGCCGACCCAGAUGGACAUCACGUUCUCCAUCACGAUCCGGCGGAAGACGCUCUUCUACACGGUCAACUUGAUCCUGCCGACCGUCCUCAUUUCCUUCCUUUGCGUCCUUGUCUUUUACCUACCGGCCGAGGCCGGCGAGAAGGUGACGCUAGGCAUCAGUAUUCUCCUCUCACUUGUCGUGUUCCUCCUGCUCGUCUCCAAGAUCUUGCCGCCCACCUCGCUCGUCCUCCCGCUCAUCGCCAAGUAUCUCCUAUUCACUUUCAUCAUGAACACGCUCUCCAUCCUCGUCACCGUCGUCAUCAUCAACUGGAACUUCAGGGGGCCGCGGACACACCGCAUGCCCAACUGGAUCCGGGUGGUCUUCCUUAAAUAUUUGCCAGUUCUUCUCUUGAUGAAACGACCUAAAAAAACGCGCCUCCGGUGGAUGAUGGAGCCGCCGGCCGGUGGCUACGGCAGCUACGGCAAUUUCGGCGGAGGAGCAACUGCGGCUAGCACGACCAGUAUGGGUAUGAGCAUGAGUAUGGCCGGCGGGAUGAGCACCUCUUCUUCCGGCAUGGGUCAACCUCCUCCACCGCCUCCACCACCUCCGCCUUUGCUUCCUUACCCUUCAGCCGGCGGCGCGGCAGGAAAAAUGGAAGUGAUGGAACUGGCCGACUUGCAUCAUCCCGACUGCCGGAUGAGCCGACAGAACAGCGAACAGCUGCGGGAAAGAGAGCGUGAACAUCACGAUCCGCAUUGCUGCGAACGACUGCACGCCACCUCGUCCAACGAGGAACUCAUGAAUCUGAACGAACGGUCGGCUGCAAUCGGCAGCCGCGAAGUGCUCGAACCGCCCGAAACGCUCCUACUCACUCCGGAGGCAUAUAAAGCCACCGAAGCUGUCGAGUUUAUCGCCGAGCAUCUGAGAAACGAAGACGAAUACACGCAGAUUCGCGAAGACUGGAAGUACGUGGCCAUGGUCAUCGAUCGUCUGCAGUUGUACGUGUUCUUCGCCGUGACGACGGCCGGCACCAUUGGCAUCCUCAUCAACGCCCCUCACAUCUUCGAAUACGUCGACCAGGAUAAGGUCGUACAGAUGUAUCGGUGGGAGACCGGCUAAGUUCGCAAUUAGUACGAACGGUUAACCCCAAAAAGUCAACGAGCAAACGAGCGAGAGAUCCCACUCUUACCCCAAACAGUACGUCAUCUUUUUCCAUGUUGUUGCAUUUUACAUAGUCAAAUCCCAUCAUCCCUUUCUUUGGUAUAUUAAUACAUGAUAUAACUAGUCUUCUCAUCCCCCCACCGUCAUGCGUGUGCGUAAUUUGCGUUGUCAUAUUCAAAAACCCAUCGACUUCUUUUUUUUUUUUCAAAACCCGUUUUUUUUGUCUGGCUGCCAAUGAUUCCCCACUCGUUUAUCUGUCCUUUCUCUCCUCGUGGCGUUUUGUUUUCCACGUGUACAGAAUAUAACGAAAAACAAUAACAUUGGAGGAAACAAAAGCACUCGAAAUAAAGCCCUUACCAUGUCUCUGUUCUCUUCCGUACCACUGUUCCUCUUCCUUGUAUUUGGGUAUUUAAACACACACUCGUUCAUGUAUACAGUACAUCAAGUUUCAAAGAAAUGUUUGCAACUCUCUGCCGUGUUGGUGAUGGCUUUUUAUUUCACUUGCGUAUUUAUCCCCCCCCCCCCAUCCCUUUCUGUUUUGACUCAUACUUUCUCGUCCCACUCAUGUUUUUAGUUGGUAGAUUAUUAGGUGCUUCGGUUUGUAUUCACAUUCGUAUCGACUGUUCAUCGCCGUCACUCUGUCUUUACUUGUGUGUGUUAAAUAAACACACCAUGCCACGCAAGGAAGUUAUUAUUCUGAAAGAGAAAAAGACAGCGAAAAACAAUCCGAUUAUAUACGAGACAUUUGUAGAUGGAUCAAUGUUUGCUGUGUCUUUCGACAUGAAGAGAUCCUUAAGCUCCCACGCUCCCUGUUUGGACGUUCAAUGAUGAUGGUGUUCAUGACGCAUUGAUGUGAUCUUGUCGGAUAAUUUUUUUUCCUCCUUUUUUCUUUGCCCGCCCAACUUUAAUGCUGACAUGCAGUAAGAAAUAAGACUUCAAAAACUGUGUGACAUGUAUGCUUGCUACUGCUCGACAAAGUUUUGAAAUCUUUAUUUUAGAUGUCGAAGAAAAAAAUACUUACAUUAUGUAUGGUGGACAAGAACUGGCAUUGUAGCAUACUCAUUUUUAACAAGUAUUUUUUCCCGCAGAAGAUGACCCACCUCCUUUGAAAACAGCAGUGUGCAUUACAAACAAACAAAACAUAAAAAGAAUACUUGGUUGACACUCUCUUCCGUGUUUCAAUGUUUCUUCAUUUUGUGCCAAAUUGCAGCUGUGUUCUUGUACGUCAAAUGAUGGCUAUGAAAAUGAUGAUACAGCAGGUUAUAUACAUAAUGACG